AAGGAAAAGCAAUUUUGCUUCUCCACUUUCAACUGAGAACAUGGAAUUCACCGCUGAAGUAGGGUUCACCAUACUUUAUUUCAUAACAAUGGUCGUGGCGUUGCUUGGCAACACGUUGCUGAUAUACAUUGUGUGGAGAAAGCCUGAGACAAGAAGUCUGACAAGUUUCUUGUUCGUUAACAUGGCAGUGGCUGAUCUAAUGGUUGUUGUUUUUCAGAUGCCAAUUAACUUCGUUAAUCUGCAUGUAUCAGAAAUUCCCUCCGAGGUCGGUUACUUUUCGUGCAGAUUCCUUUACUACCUCGUCAACAUUACGAUGACGGCGUCCAUCUUUAGUCUUGUUGUCAUGGCAUUUGAUCGAUACUUUGCCGUUGCACAUCCUUUUAGGCAAAGCAUUUGGUUCAGGAAAGCCAAACUAAGUAUUCCGUUCAUAUGGAUCUCAUCAGUAGCUUUGAUGGCGAUCACUCCUUUUGCCUUUAAGCUGGAGAAUGGACGGUGCUAUUUUGCAGAGGACAAGAUGCUUCCACUGGCCUUCUGGACGUAUCUCCUUCUUAUCAGUUACAUACUUCCUCUCGCUGUCAUCUCUGUUCUGUACUUCGCAAUUACCCGCAGAGUAUGGUUUCACGAAAUUCCUGGGCAACAAGAAAGCAUUCGAGACCAGCCACAGGGUCAAAUCCCAAAGAAGAGAGUCAUCCGAACGCUCAUCAUCAUAGUGGUGGUGUUUGCUCUUUGCUGGCUUCCCCUUCAAGUAUUCCAAAUGGACUUCGCGGUGCGAAACAUGCUCACGGACUGGCAUCCCAUUUCUAUCUACUUCUCUUAUUGGCUCAGUCAGGCUAACAGUGGAAUAAAUCCCUGGUUAUAUAUCGGCCUGAAUGGAAAAAUGAAGGCAGCCUUCAGCAAAAUGAUUCGAUGCCGCCAAGGAGAGAGUGGUCGGAGAUACAAGGCAUCCACUUCAACUUUACCUCGUGAGUCAGCAGGAAGCACACGUUUGUAGUCCAAGUUGUGAAACCAGUUCGAAACCUGCAGAAUCAAGUCAAGCCUAGUGUAGAUAGCGUUAUAAAUGCUAAGUUGUGUAUACACUAAAGAAGGUUUCGAGCUGAAGUCAUCAUAUUGCAAUAGGUGCUA